CUUUCCUCUACUGUACUGCUCACGACAAUUUUACGUUUUCACGACCCCCAAAGCACCCCCCCUACUGCGGACAGGAGCCGUUAGAGUUGCUGUUUCGGACACGAAUCAGAGUUAUCGCUCGGAUUCUGAGCUCAGCCUCUCUCCCUUCUAGCCCAAAGACGCAUUCGCCUGCCAACCACCUCACUCUUCCCGAACAACCCACCUCCAGAGCUUCGCCUUCCACCGCAACCACCAACCCUCGCGACCGCGCGACCGACACAACACUCCUCCCACUCGAAAUCCUCACUCCGCACUUUCCGCAGCCAUGGCCGACCGUGAGCAACCCUACGACCCCUACAUUCCCUCCGGAGGCAACAAUGCCGCUGGCGCCAACGGUGGCAACCACCGCACCGCGGCUCUUCAGGCGGAAAUCGACAGCACCGUCGGUAUCAUGCGCGACAACAUCAACAAGGUCUCUGAGCGUGGUGCCAGGCUGGACUCGCUUCAAGACAAGACCGACAACCUCGCCGUCUCCGCACAAGGCUUCCGCCGUGGCGCCAACAGGGUGCGCAAGCAGAUGUGGUGGAAGGACAUGAAGAUGCGCAUGUGCCUGGUCGUCGGCAUCAUCAUCCUGCUCGUCAUCAUCAUCGUCCCGUCCGUGGUUGCCACCAAGCAUUAAACAGAUGCAGCCCAUGACCUGAAACGCACCCAUUUGCGAGACAUGAGUGUCAUGACGCAAUGCACUGAGGCUCUUUCACGACCCUUGGAGCGCAACCUUUCACGUACUUGGCGAAUAUGGAGCGAUGGGGUUCUUUCUUGCUGCAUGCGGUCCCGGCUUGUAAUAAUUGAUGUUCUCUCAUGAUAACCAAACACUACUACGUCAAUCGACGAUCGAAUGGCUGGCCCUUUUUUAACUAUAGACUUUUUGUGAUGUGUUUUGAUCGACAGGGUGCAUGGAUUAACAGAGAGCCAGGUUGCCGGGAAGGAUGAUGAUGCUGACCAUGUCCAUGCUUGUGAGUUUGAGUCGAGGGCUGUAAGCUUUUGCAAAUGGGAUUUUUUUUUACCGCGC